AUGUUAGCCGCCUUCCUGGUACCGAAAGAUGGUGACAUUUCGCGGGCUACGGCGCUGCGCUUUUUGCCAGUCCUGGCAUUGGGAGGCUUUGCAGGUCCAAGUCAUGCCGAAAAGGGAGUGACGACAGCUUGGAAAACCACGCCAGCAGGAGAUGAAGAUGAAAUUCACACAGGUGGGGUCGAGUGGGAAGAUGUCAAGGUUGGCACUGGCUCGACACCCCAGAUCGGUGACCAGAUCGGCAUACAGUAUCAAAUCAAGGCGUUCGUGCGCGAGAGGGAGAUCACUGUCGAAGACACAAAGGGCAAAGCAAGAGAUUUCAGGUUUGGAACUGGGCAGAUGCUUCCGGGCAUGGAUGAGGGCAUCCGCGGCAUGAAGACAGGAGGUGUUCGAAAGAUGCGGAUUCCUGGCAACCUUGCUUUUGGGGAGAAGGGCCUGCCAUCUGCGCCAGGUCGUGCGGCCUUGCCACCAUACUCACCUGUGGAAGCCACAGUGACCUUGGACUUUAUCCCCGGUUCCGAUGCCGUUUAUGACUAUGGCGAGAGCGAUGUUUGA